UCAACUCUUUGCUUGUGGUUAGUGUAUGCGUGAUUUUCCGGUUGGUUGGGAUAAAAAUAAAUUUUCUCAUCUAUUUAUGGAUGGAACCACCGAUGAUGAGGGUGAAAACCCUCCAGUUAAGAGUUUGAGAGACUAUAUGCAUCCAACUAGAGUCUCUCAACCUUCAUGCAUUGUUUUGCCUGCUACUACAACGACUUAUGAGAUUAGGACCAAUACCAUUCAGGCUCUUCCCAACUAUUAUGGUAAGGAGAACGAAAAUCCUUACUAUCACAUUAGAGACUUUGAAGAAUUGUGUGGUACGGUUAAAAUUAAGAAUUUGUCUGAUGAAUACCUUAGACUUAGGUUGUUUCCUUUCUCAUUAAAAGAUAAGGCAAAAUCUUGGCUAGAUGCUUUGCCUCCUUCAUCAAUUAGGACUUGGGAAUACAUGACAAAAUUGUUUUUGAACAAGUUUUUCCCUAGGCAUAAGACUUCUGCCAUUCGUCAAAAAUUAAAUAGUUUUGUGAAACAACAGGGAGAAUCUCUCUAUGACUACUUAGAGAGAUUCCAUGAUCUUUUGCUGCAGUGUCCACAUCAUGGAUUUGAUACUCCUAGGCUUACGUUGAUUCUUUACGAAGGGUUAGAUCAUAAAACUAUGACCACGGUAGAGUCACUUUGUGGUGGUAAGUUUCAGGAAAAAAGUGCUGAUGAGGGGUAUACAUUCUUGCAAGAGGUAGCUGAAAGAACCCAAGAGUGGGAUGCUAAAGAACCGGUAAGGUCAAUUGCUAAUAGCAAAGGAGCGCACAGAGUUGAUAUUCAAUUUGACUCUGACGCUAAAAUAGCUUCGCUGACAAGAAGGCUUGAGUCGCUAGAACAUAGUUCUAAAACUAAGCCUUUCGUCGAGUCUUUGGACCAAACCUUUUAUGACGAUGGUAGUGAGCAAUUCAAUGCUCUCUAUCAAGAUAAUCGUCGUAAAUAUGACCCUUAUUCCAAUACUUACAACCCAGGGUGGGAAAGACACCCUAAUUUUUCAUGGUCUAGAGGUCAGUAUGAAGGUCAUUCUAAUAAUGCUAGUGGUUACACACAGAAACCUUCCAUUCCUAAUGAUUCUUCUAACCAAAGAAUGCCUAGUAUGGAAGAAAGUCUAAGUUUGUUUAUGCAGGCUACUCAAAAGUCAAUAACAAACUUAGAGCAGACCACUGCAAGGUCCAUAGCAAAUAUAGAACGACAAGUAGGUCAUCUUGCUAGUCAAAUGAAUGAUAGAGACAAGGGACAGUUCCCAAGUCAAACCAUGCCUAACCCUAAGGGUUUUUUUGAGGUCAGCAAAUCUGAUGCUAAAUCCUCCGAUCAAGUCCAAGCCGUUACUUCCUUAAGAAGCGGACGGAUCAUUGAUAAUCAUGUUAGUAAUCCUAAGGAAAAUGAGCAUCAAAGGAACACACCAAUUGUGACGCAGGUUACACCUUCGGCACAAAAAGAAACCAAUGAACCUGAAAAAUAUGAAUCUGAAAAUACUUAUGUUCCUCGUGCUCUAUUUCCUCAACGGUUACUACCCCGUAAGGAAGGAGCUAGUUCUAGUGACAUCUUAGAAGUUUUUAAACAAGUUAAGAUUAACAUUCCUCUUUUAGAUGCCAUUAAACAAAUUCCUUUGUAUGUUAAGUUCUUGAAAGAUAUGUGCACUGUGAAACGUAAUUUGAAUGUGCAGAAAAGAGCUUUUCUUGCUGAACAGGUGAGCUCUAUCAUUAUGUAGAAAACGCCGCCUAAAUACAAAGAUCUUGGUUGUCCUACUAUUGCUUGUACUAUAGGAAAACACAAGAUUGAGCAUGCUUUAUUAGAUUUAGGAGCUAGUGUGAAUCUCUUGCCAUAUUCUGUGUAUGGACAACUAGGACUUGGUGACUUGAAACCCACUAAUGUCACACUCUAAUUGGCUGAUAGGUCUACUAAAAUUCCUAGAGGAGUGGUAGAAGAUAUUCUUGUGCAGGUUGAUAGCUUUGUUUAUCCUGUGGAUUUUAUUUUUCUAGAUACACAACCUAUGGCAGACCCUAGUGGUCAAAUUCCUAUUAUUUUAGGGAGACCUUUCUUAGCAACUGCUAAUGCGAUCAUAAACUGUAUGAAUGGUAUUAUGGAACUUACUUUUGGUAGUUGUAAAAUGGAAGUGAAUGUCUUUCCUGUUGCACGUUCUCCUCCUGAUUUUAUUGACCGUGAAACUGUUUGUAUGAUUGAUAAAAUUGUUCAUGAUACUUUCUUGCAGAAUCAUUUAGAAGAUCCAUUAGAAGCAUGUUUAACUCAUUUUGGGCAGGAUAUAACUGAUGAUAGUGUUAUUUGUGAAGUCAAUGCAUUGUUAGACUCCACCCCACUGCUGGACACUAGUAAAUGGAAGCCUAAAAUUGAACCUCUUGUACUGUCCGAAUCUCAACUAGUUCCAUCAAUCGAGAAAGCUCCGACCUCGACUCUUAAGCCAUUGCCCGACACUUUAAAAUAUGUUUACUUAAACUCUGAAAACACUUUACCUGUCAUUAUUGCUUUUAAUCUCACACUAGAAAAGGAAAGUAAGUUGGUAGAUGUCCUUAGAGAAUAUAGAAAGGCUAUAGGUUGGUCCAUUGCAGAUUUGAAAGGUAUUAGUCCUAGCGAUUGUAUGCAUCAUAUCUACUUAGAAGAGAACUCUAAAGCAUCUAGAAAGAUGCAACGUAGGCUAAAUCCUAACAUGAAAGAGGUAGUAAGAGAGGAAGUUCUGAAACUGUUGGAUGCAGGUAUCAUUUACCCGAUAUCCGAUAGUACUUGGGUCAGCCCUGUUCAAGUUGUACCCAAGAAAUCAGGAAGUACCAUAGUCAAGAAUGAUUGUAGUGAAUUGAUUCCCACUCGGCAGUCCACCUGGUGGUGUGUAUGCAUUGACGAUAGGAGAUUUAACAAGGUCACGAGGAAAGAUCAUUUUCCUCUGCCAUUCAUUGACUAAAUGCUUGAAAGGUUAGCCGACCAUAUUUACUAUUGUUUCUUAGAUGGUUACUCCGGCUAUAACCAGAUCCUUAUUGCCCCUGAAGACCAAGAAAAUACCACUUUUACCUGUCCAUUUGGGACAUUUGCAUAUAAACACGUGCCAUUUGGGUUGUGUAAUGCACCCGCCACUUUCCAGCGUUGUAUGUUAAGCAUAUUUUCUGACAUGGUAGAAAGGUUUAUUGAAGUUUUCAUGGAUGAUUUUUCUGUGUUUGGAUCUUCUUUCGAUGAAUGUCUCCAUCAUCUCACUCUAGUCCUAGUGAGAUGCAAGGAGAAAAAUCUUGUGUUGAAUUGGGAGAAAUAUAAUUUCAUGGUUCAGUCUGGAAUUGUGUUAGGUCACAUUAUUUCUUCCAAGGGUAUAAAAGUAGACAAGGCUAAGGUUGAUUUAAUUUCUAAGUUGAGACCUCCACAUACAGUUACAGAAGUUAGAUAAUUCUUAGGUCAUGCAGGUUUUUACCGUCGUUUUAUUAAAGUUUUAGUAAGAUCUCACGUCCUUUAAGCAAUCUUCUUGGUAAGGACGUUGCUUUUGUCUUUGAUGAAACUUGUGUUGCGGCUUUUGAGGAGCUGAAAUUGUUGUUAACUUCUGCCUCUAUUAUACAACCGCCUAAUUGGAAUCUUCCAUUUGAGAUUAUGUGUGACGCUUCUAAUUUUGCAGUUGGAGCUGUUUUAGGACAACGCAAGGAUAAAGCACAGCAUGUUAUUUACUAUGCUAGUAAGACAUUGAAUGAUGCACAAUUGAAUUAUACCACUACUGAAAAAGAACUUUUGUCGAUUUUGUUUGCUUUAGAAAAGUUCAGACCUUAUCUUUUAGGGUCUAAGAUCAUUAUAUUCUCUGAUCAUGCCGCAUUAAAGUACCUUCUUUAUAAGAAGGAUGCUAAACCUAGGUUGAUUAGGUGGAUAUUAUUGUUGUAGGAGUUUAACUUUGAUAUUCAGGACAAGAAGGGAUCUGAGAACGUAGUGGCAGAUCACCUUUAUAGGAUCAUUUCAGAGUCUUCUAAUGAUGCCUUACCUUUGCAUGAAUCGUUUCCCGAUGAACAAUUGUUUGUUGUUUCGCAGUUACCUUGGUUUGCUGAUAUUGUUAAUUAUCUUGCUAUUGGUCAAAUUCCUGAGCAUUGGUCGAAACAAGAUAGAACUAAAUUUUAGCUGAGGUUAAGCAUUUUUUUUUUGGGAUGAUCCAUAUUUGUUCAAAUAUUGUCUUGAUCAGAUUAUUCGCAGAUGUGUGCCUAAUGAUGAAAUUAUGAGUGUUAUCACUUUUUGUCAUUCUUAUGCUUGUGGUGGCCAUUUUAGCUCUAAGAAAACUGCUGCCAAAAUUCUGCAAUGUGUAUUUUAUUGGCCUACUUUGUUUCAUGAUACUCAUGAGUUUUGUCGAAGUUGUGACAGGUGCCAAAAGCUGGGAAGGAUUACUAGGCGCAACAUGAUGCCGCCGAACUCCAUAUUGAUAGUGGAAAUAUUUGAUGUAUGGGGAAUAGACUUCAUGGGACCUUUCCCAUCUUCAAACGGUAAUGUAUACAUCUUGUUAGUGGUUGAUUAUGUGUCUAAAUGGGUUGAGGCCAUAGCUACCAAGAAGAAUGAUCGCAACAUUGUGAUCAAGUUCGUUAGAGAAUGCAUAUUUUCUCGAUUUGGUACCCCUAGAGCCAUUAUCAGUGAUGGAGGGUCACAUUUUUGCAAUAGUUCCUUUAAAACUCUUUUAAGUAAGUACUCCAUUACUCAUAAAGUCUCUACACCAUAUCACUCCCAGACUUGUGGUCAAGUCGAAGUUUCUAACCGACAGAUUAAGCAAAUAUUAGAGAAAACGGUGAAUCCAAACCGUAAAGAUUGGUGUGCACGAUUAUUGGAUGCACUUUGGGCUUACCGAACUGCUUAUAAGACACCUGUUGGUAUGUCUCCGUAUCGACUUGUCUAUGGUAAGGCAUGUCAUUUACCGGUUGAGUUACAACAUAAGGCCUAUUGGGCCAUUAAGACCUUUAAUGUUGAUUUUUCUACAGCUGGGAAUCACCGUAAGCUUCAACUCAAUGAGUUAGAAGAGAUUAGGAAUGAUGCAUAUGAGAAUGCAAAGCUUUACAAAGAGAAACCUAAAGUGUUUCAUGAUAAGUCGAUUAGUCGUAAGUCAUUUGAACCUGGGCAGAAAGUUCUCUUGUAUAAUUCUAGAUUGCAUUUAUUUCCUGGUAAGUUAAGAUCUCGUUGGACAGGCCCAUACUAUGUCAAAGAAGUUUUCCCUCAUGGGGCUGUCGAACUUGAGAACAGAGAAUCUGGUAAUGUGUUUAAGGUUAAUGGACAACGAGUAAAACCAUUUUUAGAACUCCUUAAUGCCGAGGUGGAAACUGUCCUCCUCGAAGAUCCAGUCUAUCAAGACUAAAACUGUUUGGAUUCUUGUUGUUGUAUGGUAGAUUUUUUUUUUGUUCCUUUUUAUGUUUUGUUUUUUUUUUGCAGGGAAACAAAUUCCAAUUUCUUCAUGGGAGUCAACCCAUUGGAUUCUGCUUCGUGGGAAUCAACCCACCAUAUUUGUUCCCAUUUUCUUUAUCUCUUGUUUUUAUUUGUUUGUUUGUGAAUUUUGUCAUCUUAACUUGUACAUUGGAUGACUCAAUUACAUUGAGGACAAUGUAUUGAUUAAGUGUGGGUGAGUGGUUUUCACUUCAGUUCUUUUUAUAUAGGUUUUCUCUUUAAAAAAAAAUGGUUUAUUUGAGCUAUUGCAUUUCAUGACCAGCUGUGGAGCGGGUCUAUCCCCAUAUCCUAUUUUUAUUCGGCUGUAGAGCGGAUUCCCCUUUCUCCUAUUUUAUCCAGCUGUUGAGCGGAUUCCCCUUUCUCCCAUUUUAUCCGGCUGUAGAGCGGAUUCCCCUUUUUCCUAUUAUAUCCAGCUGUAGAGCGGAUACCCCUGUCUCCUAUUUUAUCCAGCUGUUGAGCGGAUAUCCCUAACCCCUCUUAUCCAGCUGUUGAGCGGAUUUUUUUUUGUUUUGCUCGGAACUAGUAAAAUGAAUUAUAAAUGAAAUUCGUUUGCCCGGAGAACUAAUGUCCUAGAAGCUAAAUUGGUUCUUGUGACUUGCAAUUCCAAAGGAGUCGGAGCUUGUGGGCUAGCAAGCCAACAAUUUAUGGGCCGCAUCACUUAAGCCAGGAGGUUGAACAAAGAAAUGAUGUCCUCUACCAAACGUGUGAGCUGCACAAGGGGGCUUAGAAAGUGAGACGGGUCCCAUUUUUCCACCUCUUCGGUGUUAUCAAAACAAGAAAAAAAAAUCUUCAUUUUUCUUUCUCAUUUCAAGCUGGUAACAACAGAGAAAGGGAAUUUGAGAUCGAGCUUCAUACUUGAAUGGAAUUCGUCAUCAUCCAAACAGCUACAGCCAAACCAAGGUGGUAUCUUCUCCGUUACCUCUCGUUAGAUGGAGUUCAAGCUCUUCUCUCCAAUUCAAGAGCACCAGAUCUUGAGGCAACAUCAAUGGAUCUGUGUCAGACUGUUGUAGUGUUGGAAUUUAUACGCAGCAGCAACGACAACAGAGCUACAAGGUUCGUUAUCGGCUGAAAUUGGUUUUGACCUAACUUUUGGUCUUGAUUAAAUGGUGACUUUUGGGGCGGUUCUGAGUUGUAAACGAAGAUGAAAUCAUGAAGAUGCGAAUGAAGUGUCAAGACUGAAACUUGGUUACAGCAAAGCUAGGUCGUGAUGUUUGUUCGCUGUGAACGGAGAUCGGGUUCAUUCCAUGAGCUUGAUCGAUGGAGGUUUGGGGGUUUCAACAUCAGUUGAUAUUGGGUCUUAAUUUAAUGGUGAUGGACAACGAAAACAUAUUAUUAUGUGGGUAUUCGAUUGAACACAGAAAGGUGUUGCUGCCAUGAAUGUUGUGAUUAUGAAAAACAGGUCAGUGGCCGGAGUUGAGAAACAUUUCAGUUAAGAAAGUACUGGUUGCUUGAGUUGAGUGGUGUCUAAAGAUCCCAUAAAACCAACUCUCUGUGAUAUGUGGUAAUGUUAAGUGGUUUUGAAUGGUGAAAAACACUUGCUGCUGUUGUUGAUUUAACGGAGUUGGAGAAGGUGUAUAUGUUGACUGCAUUUGGAAGUCGUCGAGCUGGUGUAGUCGGUGGUGGCUGGAAGUGCAGGGAAAGCAGCUGUGGCGAAGCUUGGUUCAGCUGUUGUGAUCAAUGGCUAGCUCUGUGGUUGUAUGUGAACUGAAAGUAGUCAGGGAAUUUGGCUGAGUUGAUUGCAAAUUGUAUAAGGCAGUCUCAUAUGGAACAAGGAGAUGGAUUCUAAUUUAGUUUUUCUAUGGAGCUUGGAUCAGAGCUAAUCGAGCUGUAAUAGCCAGUGGGUGACGAGACUGUGAAUAUUCUGAAGUACAACUGUAGCCGGUAUGUAGAGUGGUUGUUUGCGAUUCCACACUUGAAUGUUUUUGACUGAGAACAAACACAGCAGUAACAACUUGUGAAGACGGUGAUACUGCCUGAUUGCAAGUGAUGAUGGUGGAUGGGUAACCUGUAGUGGUGUUUUGUAAGAUGGAGAUGCUGGUGUUGGUUGCAUCAGUUCAGUGGAUCUGAAAUGGUCGUGACCAGUGGUGCUGAGAUGAUUCGAUUGAGCUGGUUGUUGGUGGUAUUGGUCAUGGCUGUGAACAAGGAGGUGCAGACAGUGGCCAGACGUACUGUUGGCCUGGAGUUCUGUUUUUGGACUGGGAUUUGGUGUGUGCUGGCGUCCGUCACCAGAGGAGAGUUUGGAUGGUUAAUUAACCUGGUGUGAAGAGAAGAAAAGAUACGCCGAAUACAGGGAAGAAACUAGGGUUUGCAUUUAUCUUUACUUUUCGAUUUGCAUAACUUGAUUUAUUCCUGAAUCAUUUUCUAUGGCUUUUAAGAAAGCUAUGUCUAGAUAAACUCUUCAUUAGGCUGAAAGAUGAACUUGUAGUUUUGAUUUAUUUGUGUUCUAAAACAGGGGUUUUCAACAACUAAAGCUUAAUGUCAAUUGUUUGAGU